UGAGGAGGGGUCAGAGUCCAGCUGUAAUUAAACCAACACUUUGAGGAAGUCUGUUUCCCACCGAGCCACCAGUCUCUGAGAACCUCGUCUGACCAGACAUGAUGUUCGGCCGCCUGCUGCUUGCCUGUGUGUGUUUAACCCCGGCGGAUCCAGUUCAGGCUACCUACAGACUUGUUCAGGUUCCAGAAGAAGCACAUUUUGCAGAGACCUUUGACUCAGAUCCUCUAGAUAGGAGAUGGGUCCAAUCCAAGGCUGUGAAAGAGACAGAUGCUGAGGCUCUCAAAUACGAUGGCCAAUGGGUGGUGGAAGAGCCAGCGGCUGCAAUGUAUCCUGGGAACAGAGCACUGGUGAUGAAGUCAUCAGGACGACACCAUGCCAUCGCUGCCGACCUACACACACCCUUCAACUUCAUACACACACCGCUCUGCCUGCAGUAUGAGGUGAGGUUCGGGAGAGAUGUAGAGUGCAGUGGAGCCUACAUCAAACUGCUGACUCAGACCCAUCUGCUACGACUGAGCCAGUUCAAUGAGUCCACUCCGUACUCUGUGAUGUUUGGUCCUGAUAAGUGCGGCACCAGCCACCGCCUCCAUCUCAUCGUCAGGGUAACGGACUCUAGCAACGGCCGUAACCAAGAGAUACACGCCCCCCAACCCGUCGAUGACCUGACGGUGUACUUCACCGACCGACAACCACACCUCUACACACUACAAUUGUAUCAAGACAGCAGGUAUGAGAUUUUCAUUGACCAAUCGCUGAUCAGUCAAGGCCGCCUGCUGACAGACGAAGUCCAGUACACAGAAUCCCCUGACAGCCAACCAGAGCCCCCAUUGUCUGGAUUAGGGGUGGGGUCAGUCGCGGCGCUGGGUCUGGAACUGUGGUCAUUGUCAGGGGAAGUUAUGUUUGACAAUUUCCUGUUGACUGAUGACCUGAAGCUGGCUGAGAGAUGGACACAGGACACCUGGGGACAGAAACAACCCGGCCUGUUGGAGCGACUCCUGAUAGCAACUAACUCUCGUCCCUGGCUCUGGGGUGUCUACAUCUUCACGGUGGGAUUACCCAUCACCCUCUUCAUCAGCUACAUGUGGCCGGACAAGAGAUUCGGGCCCCCUGACCAGGACUACUACUAUAAGAAGUCUGAUGAACCUCAGCCAGACAGACAACCAGAGAGAGACCAGCCAGACAGACCAACCAGCCUCUCAGACUAUGGUGCGGUGAGCAGAGAGGGGGCCAGGAGGAGAGAAACUCAGAAGGUUCAGAGGAAGUCAGACCUGGAGGUUGAGAAUGAGUGACAAUCCCUGGCCAGCCUGAGGACUAACCAACCCUAACCAGCCUGAGGACUAACUAGAGCUGUGGCGGUCACGAAAUUUCGUCAGCCUUUGAUUGUCAAGCAAAUAACUGUCGGUCUCACUGUUAUUGCCGCUGAUACAGACCUUUGGAACGUCUACAUUUUAAAAUGUCUAAUAAAUCCAUGUAAUAUA